ACACAGAGUGUGAAUGGAUAAUCACAGUACAAGAAGGUCAGACAGUUGUUAUAACCUUUGAAGAUUUUGAUGUAGAAGGUGGAAGCUGUACAUAUGAUUAUGUGGCUGGAUAUGAUGGACCAAAUAGGAACUCUACAGAAUUAUUUAGGCAUUGUGGCACAGCUGUUCCUAGUCCAAAUAUAUUUAGGUCAACAGGGAACCGGAUGUUUGUUAGAAUGAGAACAGAUGCAUCUGUAUCCGCCAGAGGAUUUAAAGCUACAUACUCAACAGGUUGUGGAGGAUUAUUAAGCGCUGAAGAAGAUGGAGAAAUAGUUUCACCUAACUAUCCGAAUACUUAUAGAAUGCUGAGCAAUUGCACAUGGAUCAUUAGAGGACUUCAUUCCAAUGAUCGUGUCACCUUGACCUUCACUCACAUGAGUUUAGAGGUUCACAGUAUCUGUAACCAUGACUAUGUGACAGUUUAUGAUGGAGAUGAUGUGAAUGGUACUGUAAUAGGAACGUAUUGUGGCACCACUGUUCCAGCAUCAAUUACAUCUCAGGGGUCAGCCAUGACAGUCCAGUUUACGUCAGAUGCAUCUGUUCAAAUGUCAGGUUUCAGAGCACUGUAUACCAAAUCAGUGUCAAGUUGUGGUGCAAAUUUUACAGCGGAACAUGGUAGUUUUACCAGUCCAGGAUAUCCUAAUGAGUAUCCAAUGGAAACAGAAUGUGUAUGGACUAUAUAUGCCCCACCUGGAAAUAAUAUUUUGGUUGCAUUCAGUUUCUUCAGCUUAGAGGAUCAUUUACCAACUUGUAGCAUGGACUAUUUAGAGCUUAGAGAAGGGAAUGUUCAUGGGAGGUUAUUAGGUCGUUACUGUGGUGACCAAGCUCCUUCUAACUUGACAGCUGUUAAUGGGCUGUGGAUAAAAUUUAGGUCAGACGAUAGUUUAACAGAACGAGGAUUUAUUGCUCAGUAUAGUACAGUAUAUGGAGGGACACUGUCAGGAAGGUCAGGACAGGUUGCUUCCCCUAGGUAUCCAAAUGUUUACCCUAACAAUGCAGAUUAUGUUUGGACCAUAUCAACAGAUGUUGGAAGCAGAAUUAGGAUUACUUUUUUGAUGCUAGAUAUGGAGCGUAAUGGUCCGAAUGAUCGGUGCACAUAUGACUAUAUUGAGUUCAGAGAUGGUGACCAAGCUGACAGUCCUGUAUUAUCAAGUUUUUGUGGAACAACUCUACCUGAUCCUUUCUUAACAACUACUAAUCAGCUGAGAGUUAGGUUUUUGUCAGACUUUGCUAGCUUUGGUAAUGGUUUUCUGUUCAAAUGGGAGGCAACCACAGAUCAGUCAAUAUCUACAACUCUAUCACCAAGCACAGCAACAGUUCCCGGAUGUGGUGGUAAUAUAAACCUGACACCAUCAUCAAGACAACAAACAAUUACCUCCCCUGGAUAUCCUAAUGGUUAUGCUCACAACUUGAAUUGUGUCUGGAGAAUAUCUGCACCAGAGGGAUUUAGAGUGUGGGCAAACAUUACAGAUAUUAACCUUGAAUCACAUGGGACAUGUAACUAUGACUAUGUCCUGCUGUAUCAAGUUUUUCAGAGGAGGGAGACUUAUUUAGGAAAGUUUUGUGGGCGAGUUGCCAAUACACAACCAAUGGUUUCAGAAAUGAAUAGUCUAAUGGUUUCUUUGGUAACAGAUCAGUCUGUUAAUUAUACUGGAUUCUCCAUGACAGUCAAAUCAGUAUGUGGAGGCAAGAUCUAUGGAACCAGUGGUAGGAUAGCAAGUGACAAUUAUCCUAACUCCUAUCCAGCUAAUUCUAACUGUUCUUGGGUGAUUAUUGUGCCUACUGGUAGAACUGUUAGAGUCCAGUUCAAUGGAACUUUUAACAUUGCUGGAUCUGGUUCUGGUUGUCAAGGAGAUUAUAUCCAGCUUCUUACUGGUUCCAAUGCAAAUGCCCCACCAAUGGGUAAUGCAGCACAAGGAAAAUACUGUGGUACCAGUCCCCCUCAACCAUUAGAAACUACAAGCCAUUUUAUGUAUGUCAAAUUUAUAUCAGAUGGGAGUAACAAUGCUGCUGGAUUUUCAAUGGUCUUCAAUGAAGUUCAAGUGACAUGUGGAGGUCAUCUGACCUUGAGUAAUUCAGUGACCAGUGGUUAUUUCACAUCACCAAAUUACCCUAGUAAUUACACGCAUAAUGUGGAAUGUGUUUGGAUUAUAACAGCACCUGCUAAUGAAAGGAUUCAGAUCGAUUUUGAUGAACGUUUCAGAAUAGAAAAUCACAUGAGCUGUGGUUUUGACUUUAUCGAGUUAAGAGACGGAGGUACAACAAACUCCCCAUCACUUGGUAAAUUCUGUGGCAUCACUAGACCUGGAACAGUUAAGUCCACAGGAAAUGUUAUGUAUGCCAGAUUUAGAACUGAUGGAAGUGCUUUCUAUACAGGGUUCAAAGCAAAUUAUAAAAUUGCAACAUGUGGAGGAACCAUUAGAGGUCAGACUGGAUACAUUCAAAGUCCAAACUUUCCCUCACCAUAUGACAGUAAUAUGGACUGUGAAUGGUACAUCCAUGCACCAACAGGACAUUAUAUGACCUUCAACUUUUUGUCCUUUAACCUUCAGUAUGGAAGUAACUGUACAGUGGUCGACUAUGUAGAAAUCAGAGAAUAUAAUAAUACAGGUCCAUUAUUGAAGAGAGCUUGUGGAAGCAGCACACCAACGUCUGUUGAUACAUCUGAUAGCUUUGCCUAUGUUCGAUUUAAAUCAAACAGUGCAUCAAAUUUAGCUGGAUUUAAACUUGUUUUUCAUGCUAGUGUUGAAGAAUGUGGUGGGUAUUUUACAACACCAAUAGGUAGCUUUUCUUCACCAAACUUCCCAGGGCGAUAUCCACAUUCAAGAACCUGUGAAUGGAAGAUAAGAGUUCCACAAGGUCGUCGAGUGACUUUGAACUUUGAUAGCUUUAACAUUGAAGCUAGCAGAACUUGUUAUGAUUAUGUUGAUGUUUAUAAUGGAAUUUUGGACAAUUCACCUCGCUUCAGAAGAGUUUGUGGUGAGACAAACCCAGGUAUUAUCCAGUCCUAUGGAAACACUAUGAAGGUUAUAUUCAGGACAGAUGGUUCUAUCAGUAAUGGUGGAUUCAGAGCAUCUUAUUCAUCACAGGAAGAUGCAGUGUGUGGUGGAAUCCUGAGUGAUACUAAUGGUAACAUAACUUCUAUUGGAUAUCCCACGGCUAAUUAUAGUAACAAUGAGGAAUGUAUCUGGGUCAUACGGAACCCGAACAUAAAUGGUUCUACUAUAAUGUUAAACUUCAUUGACUUCAGCUUGGAGUCCCAUGGUGACUGUACUUAUGAUUUCAUAGAAGUUCGAGAAGGUACAGAUGAGAAUGGAGAACUUGUAGGAAAGUUCUGUGGUAACACAACAUUACCAUUACCAGUUUUCUCACCAAUGCCAAACCUAUGGGUCAGAUAUAAAUCUGAUCACUCUAAUGUCGAUAAAGGCUUCCUGAUCAAGUAUUACUUCACAGAUUGUGGUGGUAUAUUAGCAGCUCCAUCUGGUGUUAUAACUAGUCCAAACUUCCCUAACUACUAUAACAAUAGUGAUGCUUGUGCCUGGUUAAUUCAACAACCAGAGGGAUACCAGGUCAAUGUACAUUUUGGAAACUUUUCCUUAGAGAGUCACCCUGAAUGUAGAUUUGAUUACGUAGAAAUAUUAAACGGACAACUACCUAGAUCUCCAUCUAUUGGACAAUUUUGUGGAAACCAUACAAUUACAGAUUUUGUGUCUCAGUCUAAUGCCCUCAGAGUUAUAUUUAGCUCAGAUUAUAGUAUAGGAGGAAAUGGAUUCAUGAUGUCUUACUUUCAGUCUGCUGGAGGUUGUGGUGGUUUGUUACAUCAGAAUACUGGCAGAAUUACCUCCCCUAACUACCCACAGAGUUAUCCCCACUUGUCUGAAUGUGAAUGGGACAUUAAUGUGGAGAGUGGAUAUCAUAUCAUCUUAAAUUUCAUUCCACCAUUUGACCUUGAGAUGGAAUCUUCUUGUGAUUAUGAUUAUGUAGAGGUUGAUGAUUCGCUACCAAACAACACAUUAGUACCACGUGGUAGAUGGUGUCAUAAUUUAACACCUCCGAAGCAGAUGUCUAGUAGUAAUCGUAUUGUUGUAAGAUUCAGAUCAGAUAGGAAUACAAAUGGUAAUGGAUUUGCUGCUAACUGGACUGUAGAUUGUGGUGCUGUAUUUAUGGACGAUAAUGGGGUAUUUGUCUCCCCUGGAUAUCCUAACAAUUACGGACCAAACUUAAUCUGUAACUAUACCAUCGUCUCUAAUCCUGGAAGGUUUAUAGUACUACAGUUUAACAGAAUAUUUGAUAUAGAAGGACCCGCUAGUUGUCCAUAUGAUGCUCUGACAGUUUAUGAAGGGAACAACACAUCUGGUGCACAACUAGGAAAAUUCUGUGGAAAUACUGUUCCACAAGCAGUUAGUGGAAAAGAUGCUCUUUUUGUACAGUUUAAAACGGAUGGUACUGUCCCCGGCAAAGGGUUCUGGGCAAGCUAUAGGGUAUCUAAUUGUGGAGGAGAAUUUACUGACCCAUUUGGAUACAUUCAAACACCAACACAUCCUACAAGUUAUCAUCAUAAUGCUAAUUGUACGUGGCUUAUAACAGUAGAAGAAAACAGAAUAGUUAGCUUAAAGUUUAACUCGUUUGAAUUGGAAGCCCACCAAACAUGUAACUUUGACUAUGUAGAUGUUUAUGAUGGUGGAGAUCUGUCAUCACCAAUGAUUGGCAGAUUUUGUGGGGAAGUAGUACCAGAUGUACUGAGAACAACUGGCAAUCAAAUGUUGAUUAACUUUGUCACUGAUUGGUCAGUUAGUUUAGCAGGAUUUACAGCUACCUACAGAACUACUUAUGGUGAAUCUCAGGGCUGUGGAGGUGUAUUGAACAGUACUUCAGGUAGAAUAACCUCUGUUGAUUCUGAUGGAAACGGUAAAUACGAACACAAUUUAGAUUGUCGAUGGAUCAUCAUUGUCGGGGACAACAAAAUAGUGAAGUUAACUGUCAAUGGAUUGGGAAUAGAGAGUCAUUCAACAUGUUACUAUGAUUUCUUAGAGAUAAGAGAUGGAUUUUAUAUGGAUGAUCCAUUAAAAGGAAAAUACUGUGGAGAUACAGUUCCACCAAUAAUCCGUUCCACUUCAAAUGUCCUGCUGGUUAGGUUUUACACAGAUAGUUCUGUAGAUGGAGCAGGAUUUAAUGCCACUUAUGUCCAGGAAGAUGCAUUGUGUGGGGGAACACGUACAGCUACAGACAGUCCACAGACAUUGACGUCACCAGGAUAUCCAAGUUCCGUUUUCCAGCCGAUCCAAUGUCGCUGGACUAUAGAUACUCCAGAAUCUAACCAACAAGUUCGCCUCACUAUGACAGGCUUGGAUCUUAUGACCCAAACUUCCUGCACUGAUGAAUAUGUUGAAUUUAGAGAUUCACCAAUGGGCACUAUGGGCCAGUCUGUACAUUUCUGUGGUAGUACAAUGCCUGGUCCAUUUGAUUCAAUAGGAACUACUGUACAAAUAAAUCUAGCCAUGAUGGGUAUGGCCAGCAGUAAUGGUUUCUCACUUAAAUACCAGAUUGCUAGUUGCAAUAGAACUUAUAAUGGUAAUAGUGGACAGAUAUAUAGUCCAGGAUGGCCAGGGAAUUACCCAGUAGAUAGUUACUGUGAGAUGGAUGUGUCCAGUCCUCCAGGAACAUCAUUAUCCCUUUACUUCAACUCAUUCCAGAUAGAAGCACAUUCAAGUUGUCGUUUUGAUGGUUUGUUGAUACGGAAUAGUUCAAGUGGAACAGACAUAGCUACAUUGUGUGGAAUGGCUAUACCAGAUCCUAUCUUUGCACCAGGGAAUAGAUUAUGGAUGAAGUUCUAUACAGACAAUUCUGUUACACAUCCUGGUUAUUCCAUAUCAUACACAGCUUCUUAUAAUGGUAUGGGAUGCGGUGGAAAUAUAACUGGUGUAAAUGGUAGCUUGACAAGCCCUGGUUUCCCUAGCAACAACACCUUACGUCAGACAUGCGGCUGGUUGAUGUCUGCACCAGCCAGGCGGACUAUCACUGUCAGAUUUACAAGUAUAAAUGUUUUCGGUACAGCACAGUGUGAAACAAAUUAUGUAGAAGUAUACAAUGGUGGAAGCGAAGCUUCUCCAAAAUUUAGUCGUUAUUGUAGUAGUGAAACGAUUGCACCUUUGCAAGCUAAUACAAACCAAGUUUAUGUGAAGUAUGUGUCCAGUGGAUCAGGAUCAGCGCCAUUAUUCAGACUUGUUUAUACCAGCUAAUUCACAAUUACUUAUCACUUCUUAAAGAUUUAUAUAAUUCAUGUCAUAUUGUUUCCUUGAUUUCAUUUGUCAAUUUUUUUUAUCUAAGAAUAUAAUUGUCUAUCAA